GUGGCGACACGGCGCGAGCCACCACCAGAAGGAAGAAGAAAGAAGGUCCGGAGUGUGAAAUCCAGUCCGCAGUUUACAGCCCACUCGGCGUUUCUCAAGUUUCACUCCGACGCGUGUUCUUUCCUGGUGUUCUUCGUGCUUUGUGUUGUCAGGCAGAAACACACACCAGCCAGGGUGGCGCGUGUCGGGAUUCAAAGGCACGCCAUCAGCGACCAGAAUUAAACAAUAGAUAGCCCUUUUUGUUGUUGUUGUCUAUUUUAAAAGUAGUUAGGAAUUAUUUAUACAUUUUUUUUGCUACGAUGUCGGUGGGUGUGGAGUCCGGAUUCUCGAGCGAGGAGGUGUUAAACAGCCGCUUCCCUCUCCAUCGGGCGUGCAGGGAUGGAGACGUCGGUGCCUUGUGCUCCCUCCUUCAGUGCAGCUCCAGCCCGGCUGACCUCACGGUGGAGGACACCUUCUACGGCUGGACGCCGAUACACUGGGCCGCUCAUUUCGGAAAGUUGGAGUGCGUGAUGCGUCUGGUUCAGGUGGGCAGUAGCGUGAACGCCGUGACCUCCAGGUUCGCACAGACACCCAUUCACAUUGCUGCGUUUGGGGGCCACCCUGAGUGCUUGUUAUGGCUACUCCAAGCUGGUGCAGUUAUUAACAGACAGGACUAUGUGGGCGAGUCGCCCAUCCACAAGGCUGCUCGUGCAGGCAGUCUGGAGUGUAUCAACGCUCUCUUGAUUCAGGGAGCGAAAGCUGAUAUGAGGAAUGCCAGUGGGCUGACGGCUGCUGACUUGGCCCACGCCCAGGGAUUCCAGGAGUGCGCAGAGAUUCUCUCCAAUGCCCAGAACUUCCAACAAAACAUGGCUCAGGCCCAUAACGGGUCCUUUCUGAACGGCACGACUCCGAACGGGGGCCACGCUCGUCCCACCAUCCAGGGACGCAGCUUCUCGAACGGCGUGCCCAACAGAAAGAGGUCGUUCGACGGCAUGGAAGCAAACGCACUGAAGAAGGCUCGGCCCAACGGUCUGGGCUUGCUUAAUGGGAAUGGGCCACUGGGUGCCGCUGGACAGGCCCAGAUGGAAAGCAUGAACAUGGAGUCGGCAGCGACUGUAACCUCAGUGGCAGGUGAGGAUUUUUCCUCAAAUGGCCACAAUCAACCAGAGCUCCCAUUUGGGUGUUACCCAGCAGCAGAAACACACCAUGGCCAACUCUCCUACAGUGACUCGUAUGAGAACAACGGCACUGCAGGCAGCCAGGUGGAGCACCAGAAGACCGUGAAAGCAGAGCAGUUGUAUGACCAUGCCUUCUUCACCACCAUGCUUCUUUACCAUGGAUCCUAAAGUGCAGAAGAUCUCAUUGACAGGCUGUCCCUUUUUGCCUGAAUGUCAUUUAAGCCUAAACCAGCAUUAAUUUGCCUUUAAAGCCAUUGAGUGGUCCAGUUAUUCAUUGAAAUUCUUUGUUUUUGCUUUUGGAAAGGGCAGGCCCGUAGUUGUGGAUGGAUGGAAAAGUGUAACUGAUUGUUGAUUAAGAAGUGAUUUCUUUUGUUUGUGUUGUUAAAGAGAACGUUUUUGUGUAGCUUAUUAAAGUUUGAUUAAGCUGUAAAUAAACUAUUCUGCUAAACUAA